GUGAUACUUGUGAUUUCAUUUCCAGUGAUUUUCUAAUGAAAUGGGAUUCUAAUUUUGAUAUAAUUCCUAUUUUACUGUUAAAUUUGUGCCAAAUUAACCUGCCGUACUGAAGGUCUCAACAUGGCAUGUAUUGAAAAUAUACCACCAGCUAAAGCUGAUUCGGAGAUGGAAGAAGGAGAGAUAGUUGAUGACCUUGAUGACCUCUCAGAUAUUUCAUCAGAAGAAGAGUUUUUGCUGCGCCAGAGGCUCCAAGUUCUAGAAAACUAUAACAAUGUCCUUGAACGAAAGAAAGCCAAGAAUUCUCCUGUCGCACCAGGGAAAAAAGGUAAAAUUGAAAAGAAUAAUCUAUUACCUAAUGACUUAUCCGAAAUAUCUGGUUCUGAUAAUGAAGAAAUAUUCCCGAAAAUUACUAUUAAAAGAAAUGAUAGUGGAAGAUACAUCAAACAGAAAAAGAAAAGACCAGUUCUUAUACAUUUUGGAAAGAAUAAAGAUACCAAGAAGAAAAGUCGGAGCAGAAAAAAACCUAUUCCAAAAACAGUGAUAGAGUCUAGUGAAGAGUCUGAUGAUGAGUAUAGGAAUAAACGGCGUAAAUUGGCUAAUGCGGUAGUCGUGCAUAAACCAAAAAUGGAUGCUUCUUCGCUAAGUGCUAGGCUAAAAAGAAUGUUUGGCACACAAAAUCAUGAAGCCAAAAAAACAAUAAUUGAAAAAAAACCAGUAGUUCCUACAGUUCCUAAUUUAGCCGUCAAGAGCUCUUUGAAUUGUAAAAAUGUUGUAAUAAAUAAUGAAUCAAAUACUGAAAAAUCACCAGAAGCACAAGCCAAAAACAGUUUACCUAAACUAUGUGAACUAAUAGACUUAUGUACUGAGGACAAUGAUGAUUCCAUAAUUGAAAUCAGUGAUGUCAAGAGUCAGGAUACUGUUGAUUCUAGUACUGUAGAUAAAUCGAAUGAUCCAGUUAUCAAAAAGCUUCCUACCGGAGAUUCUGAUGAAGAUCUAGAAUUACUAAGACAACAUGCUCUGAAAACGAAAGGUCCCAAAAGUAAAGGAGACGUAAAACAACCAACAGAUAAUAAACCUUUCAAUCUAUCUGAUGAUGAAGACAGCGACACAGCUGAAUUAAGGUUGAUAUGUCUAAAAUCAGCUUUAUUAAAAAAAGCUAUUGAAAUGAAACAAAAGCAAAAACAAAGAAAAAGAUUGUCGCAAUCCUUUCAUGAAGAUUUUGACUUAGAUCCCGAGAUAGUAUCUAAUAAAGCAGAUGCAGAUAACAAUACUGACAUUGAAUCAGUUGAUAUGGAAAUAGGCUCUGAAGAUGAAAAAGUCAAAGAUAUUAGUGAUAACUGCAAUAUCAUCAAUGAGACAAAGCAAAUAACAGAAGCAUACUGUAUUAUUCCUAAAACUCCACAAAAAGAUGAAAUAGAUGAUGAUGAGGAUUUGUUGAGGGCUAAACUAUUAACGUCUUUGAGUAAAAAUUGGCCUAACUUAGUAGACCCUAAUGUCAUAGAAUCUGUAAACGAAGUUCAUAGUCCAGAAACGCCCGUUUCAACAGUUCCGAGUAAAGUUACUAGUAUACCGGAAGCAAAGCCAUUCAUAAUUAAAUUAGGAGAUUCAGACUCGGAAGGAGAACAUGAAGCCACAAAGAAUUUAACAAAAAUGCACAUGAAACUGUCUGAGCAGGUUGACUUUCAGCAAAAAUUGGAUCUAUUUUUGAAGUCUACUAGAAUGGAGGUGGAAAAACAAACAUUACCAGAUGUUGUGCAAAAGGCACCCGAACAACCGAAACCGGCUCCUAAGUUUGUGGCAAAGACUGUCAGGCAUUUACCUAAAUCUGAACAAAUUGAAUAUAAAAAUUUGGUCAGGAGAAUGGCGGAGUUGGAAAAAAUAAAACAGGCAAGGCAAACGUCUAUGAAUUUGAGUAAAGCGAAUGCUUUAGCAAAGGAUACGUUGAAACCGAGAAACGUGUCCAUAGAAACUCGAAAGGUCGUCGUGAACCAUAAUUUGGAGCAACAAAUAGCAGUUUCAAGGAAAAAAAUAGCAGAGGAAUCAGCUAAGAUGCUUAAACUCAAGGAUGAAGCCACAAAACUCUCCCAGAAAUAUAAAAUAGCUGCGACUGAGUUGCGAAAUAUCUCAACAGCUAUUACUUUAAAUAAAAAAGAACAGAAAUCCAUUCAAAAUAGAUUAGCUAAAAUAAGACUGCAACAUCAAACCCUUCUAAAAAGCUCAACUUCCAAUAAUCAUUCCAAAACAAUUAGUACACCAGCACCAUUAAUAUCACAAGUAAAUAAAAGGAAAAUAUUACCUGGAACUAAAUUACAAAAAGAAAAUAAUCCUUCAACGGACGACUACAAGAAUCCCGAAGCCUUAAAAUCAGUCAAAAUUAGUGUUGUAAAUGACUUGAGUGAUGAUGUAGCAGUUAAUCAGAGGCUAUCGAUUCAAGUUGACGUUUCUGGUAACAAUAAAAAAGUUGUUAAAAUAACUAAUAGUCCAACAAAGGAAAAAGUGGUGGAUGUAGCAAAACAUAGAAAUAAUAAAAAUGAAAAUUUGGCCGAAGAGAAGAAUCCGACGGUUGAAAAAGGCGGGGGGAAUGGGAAGAAUUGUACUGAUGCAGAUAAUGAUCAACACAAUGCAGAGAAAACUAACAAAGUCAUUGACGACUACAAGUCGCCGCUUGAUGCUUUAAAUGCUGGAUCGUAUUAUUGUAGAAGAAACUGUGCAUGCUUACAUUACGAAUUUCGACGCUUCAAAUGAUAUUGUGGAUGGGCAAUGUGUACGCACAUCGUACUGUGUGCGAUCUGGGCGGAGGACCCGAACAGUUUCCUUUGUCCGUUCGAAGUUGGAGGCACUUGCAAGGAUCCCGACUGCAAAUACCUACAUCCUAAAAUCCCUUCAAAACAAUGACACAAACAUCCUCGCUCCAAUGCGAAACCACACUGCCAUAAACACAGCCACACGCGCCAUACUCACACACGUUACACUUGUGCCCUACCUCCCCCCGACAGCUAAAGACGUCAGCGAUGUUAUGUAAAGUAUUAAACACAACAUUCUUACGAUUAACAUUUAGCUUUACGAUAAAUACGUUUGUAAUUUUAUCUUAGUCAUCUGUCUUGCCAUUUUGUUUUAUUUUAAUUUUAUUUUAAUUCUUUCGAUAUCAGUAGAUUAUAGUAAGUAUUAAAUGUGAUAUUAGUUAUUCAUGUGUUCUCACGUUCACUUUGUAAAUAAUGCAUAAUUACCAAGAUUUUAAUGCUGAUUAGUUUUUGUUACGUUAGGCAAAUCAAAACUGAUUGCAAAGCGUCGUCGCAAGGUUUUAAUUUGGUGUAAAUAUGCAAUUUUAGUUGGCGCUGGAUGCAGCGGCGGGCGUCGCGUCGUCUGCGGUAAGUUAGUGUAUAAUUUUUUAGUGACUUUGUAGUGUUCUACGCACCCGUCGCUCCCGCGAGACUCGAGACUGUUCCAUUGUUAUAACU